UAAAAGACACCAUUUUAUUUUUGUCAAACAGAACACAAGCUUGAUCAACACUAAGAAGAAGCUGGAAACAGACAUUUCACAAAUACAGAGUGAAGUGGAAGAGACAAUCCAGGAAGCACGCAAUGCAGAAGAGAAGGCCAAGAAGGCAAUCACCGAUGCAGCCAUGAUGGCUGAGGAGCUGAAGAAGGAGCAGGACACAAGUGCCCACCUGGAGAGGAUGAAGAAGAACCUUGAGCAGACAGUGAAGGACCUGCAGCACCGUCUGGAUGAGGCUGAGCAGCUGGCUCUGAAGGGUGGCAAGAAGCAACUCCAGAAACUGGAGGCCAGAGUACGUGAGCUGGAAGCAGAGGUUGAGAAUGAACAGAAACGUGGUGCUGACGCUAUUAAGGGUGUACGCAAAUAUGAGAGGAGAGUAAAGGAACUGACCUACCAGUCUGAGGAGGACCGGAAGAAUGUGCUCAGGCUCCAGGAUCUAGUUGACAAACUUCAGAUGAAAGUGAAGUCUUACAAGAGACAAUCUGAGGAGGCUGAGGAGCUAUCCAACGUCAACCUCUCCAAGUUCCGCAAGAUCCAGCAUGAGCUGGAAGAGGCUGAGGAACGGGCUGACAUUGCAGAGUCCCAGGUCAACAAACUUCGGGUGAAGACCCGGGAGGUUCAUAAGAAGAUUGAAGGGGAGGAGUAAGGAUGCAGCACAGCUGCAAAGUGAUUGACUGUAGAGAUGCACAAAAUGUGAAACUCUCUGUCACUUCUUUGUGUAAUUAUUGCUUGUUCUGUCCUCAGUGUCUAGAAAAUAAAGGAUGUAGAGACCUUUGCAUAUGAA